AUGUCGGCUGAUUGGUUUAAUACUCCAACAAAGAGUUACACAAAGUCUCAUCAAUCACCUUCUCCUGUCCAAGCAGUACCCGCAGAUCCAUUUCCACUUGCUCAACCUGCUCAACCUGCUCAACCACCUCCACGCCAAGGUCGCACUGAAGCUGAACAAGCAAUCUUACGUGAGGAGCGCAAGAAGAAUAAGAAAUCGCGUAAAGCUGAGCAUCAAGUUUUUAAGAAAUUGGUCCAGGAUGGAGUAUCUACAGCCAAUACACAAUCUACUUCAAAUUCAAGAGCAUCUACUGCAGCUCAAGGUAGAUCAAGGCAAAAAGAAUCUCAAAUACGUGAAAAUGAAAAGCUGAAGAAUUUGGAGGCCGGUCUCAGCCUUUCCUCAUCCUCUGAGUCAAUUGAAUACACGCCAUUUACUCAGAUUCUCAAUGAAAAAGUCCAUGGCAUCCACAGGAACAUUAUUGGAGUUAUUGCAGGCGUUAAAAAAAGAGGCAGAUCUAAAAGUGGUGAUUCUUAUCUCAACAUGAUCGUUUGUGAUCCUUCAACCCCAGACUCUUCCAAGGCUCUUAAUCUUAAUCUUUUUGCAGUAUCUGAGGAUGAAUUACCUAAAGCUCAACCAAGUUGUGUUAUCCUGGUCAGGCACUCUUUCCUACAACGCUUCUCUUUUAAAAUUCAAGCCGCUGGACGAAAAGGCGAUUAUAAUUGGGCAUUGUUUAACCCUGAAACACGGGGCAUUACUACAUCUGCACAUCUUCUACCUCAACUCGGUAAAGAGGAAGCUACUUAUAUAGACAGAAUCAGUAAAUGGUGGAAGAUUAUCAAUCCAGAUGUAAUUGUUCCUGCCACUGGCAAUUUACGCCAAACGAUAUCUAUUAAUCAAGUACAAGAGAAAGUGUUUUGCAAUUUUAUCGCAGAAGUUCUUUUUGUUGAUGAUGUUCCCCCUCCUGGUGCUUUGGAGUUAUGUGUUACAGAUUAUACGCAAAAUCCUAAGCUAAAGGAAGCAUGGCACGGUCUGCAUGGUAAUAGAGUGAUGAAGCUGUCACUUUAUGAUGAACAGAGAAAUGCUGGAAAGAUUGUGUCAUCAGGAAACUUUAUCUUAUGCAACAAUGUUCGCCCAAAAAUGAACCCGGGUAUCUUAGAGGGCAAUAUGGGAAGCGAUUUCGGUAAAGUCAACAUUCAUAGGCUUCACGAAAGUGAUGAAAGACUACUUCCAUUAUUACAUCGUAAACAGGAAUUCGAUCACCAAUAUGGACUACCUGAGUACAUGGCUACUCAAAGCACACACCUUCCUUCUUCCAGCAUACCUGAAAGCACUCCAGCAAUGAUGAGCUCGUCAUUAGAAACUCCAUCUAGGAAAGGGGAACAAAAAGAGCAAGAAGCUGAAUCAAUGGCAUCGCCUAUCUCAAGGCAAGUAAAAAAGCUCCCAAAGUCUCGAGUAAAAACCAAAUUGAAUGUGAAUCACGAUACGGCGGCUGUUUCAAUCGACUCGAUAAAUUCCAUAUCAAAAUCUGCGCACAAAUACCACAUUAAAGCACGCAUAGUUGACUUUUCUCCUCAAAUUGCAGACUGGGCAAAAGCUAAGUGUACAAAUUGUGAUGUUGUAUUAGAUACCAAUGACCUCGUCUGCGGUAAGUGCGAUCAAGAUGCUUAUGUAACAUACAAAUACCUCUUUGCACUACUGCUGGAAGAUGAACGCGGUGAUACUUUACCGGCCUUUUGUUGUGAUGAAGAUGCUGUCGCGUUAUUUGAUGGCUUGAGCGCCGAAGAAGCAAGGACGGAGAAAGGGCUUCUAAAGAUGAAGAAGAAACUGGGCAAAGUUUUGGGACACCUGAUUGAUGCUAAAGAUCCUGAAGAUGCCGAACAAGUGACAUCACCAGAUGAAUACAAUGAUUUCUUAAUAUUUAGCUACAAGCCGGUCUUGUUAAAGGAUAAGAUUGCUUAUCGUGUAUUUUGUACGACGUUAUUAUAG